UCUUGAGUUGCUAAUCAGAUAGUGUCAUCGUAGUGUUUAGGUGUAGGAGACCUGUACAUUUAUUUUGUUAAUGCUUUUCUCACACAAACAAUGCAAGUCUAACUUUAGAAACACAUUUUGUCCAAAAUAUGCACUAGUUAUAUGUAAAAAUAUGGUCUAAUAAUAUAUUCUAGUAUUAACAUUUGAUUGGAAUUGAAUAAAAAGUUAAAAAGACCAUCCUUUUUUCAUUUGUUUUGUAAUUUUUUAGGUGGGGCGGUUCGGAAGAAAUAAAAUAUCUUUAAGACUAGGCAACAUUAGGAAAAAUGAGUUUCAGUAACUUAGUGUAUGGAAGCAUGCUAGCAUGCAUGUUAUUCCUCACCAGCACAAUGGGGACCAUAGUAAUGGUUACCCCAACAUUGCCAGUUAUCUUCCUGAGUCCUAAGCUUAGUCGAAGAAUGAUGGAUUCCCUUAUCAAGCUCUGGUUUCUUUUAGCAGUGGCGAUGUAUGAAAUUUUAAUGGGAGUGAAGAUUAAAAUCAAAGGCAACCCUUCUCUUCUUGGCACUAGCUCUCUCAUACUAUCCAACCAUCGCACUCGCCUAGACUGGCUCUUCCUCAUGUCCUACCUGUGUCGGUACAGUGCAAUAGAUGAGUACAGAAUCUCACUGAAAGCUUCCCUGAAAAAAUUCCCCGGUGCUGGAUGGGCUAUGCAGUGUGCAGGGUUCUUAUUUUUAAACAGAAAAUGGGAUGAAGAUAAAGAUCAUAUAUCGAAUGGCAUCCAUUACUUCUCACAAGUUCACUCUAAACCACAGUUCCUGCUGUUUCCUGAGGGCACAGACAUGUGUCCCAAUGCUAUAGGUAGAAGCAAUAAGUUUGCAGACAAGGAGGGGCUCCCUCGUUAUGAAUAUGUGCUGCACCCAAGGGUGACUGGUUUUAUACAUUUUGUCAAAGAAAUGAAGAAAGGUAAAAUUCUAGACUCCAUUUUAGAUGUAACUGUUGCAUACCCUAAAAACAUCAUCCAAAGUGAAUUACAGACCCUUAAAGGUGAAUUCCCUGAAGAGAUUCAUUUCUAUGUCAAGGAUUAUCCUAUUGAGACCAUCCCUGACACAGACGAGGAACUCUCCACAUGGUUAAUCAAUCUUUGGAAGGAGAAGGAGGUCAGGCUGAGGAACUUUUACCAGGUGAAGAAGUUUGAGACCGGGGAGGAUAACCUUGCGCUGGACGAUGACACGGUCCAGUACGCUGAUUUUGCGCUGAAGAAACGUCUGAAUUGUGUAGUUCUGUUUUGGGUUGUGUUCUUGUUUGUUGUGUUUACGUGCAUGUGUGUUUACCCCCUGUUUCUUUAUUUCUGUUUAAUCAGCUGUGUGACGUAUGUGUUGAUAGGGAUACGCCACGGGGGUGUAGACAACGUAAUUUAUAAUGCUGUACGACUUUAGGCACUUACAUAAAUAUGCUUUUUUAUCAUUCAUUGUAUACCUAGUCUCUAAAGUAUAACUUAUUUUUUAAACCUUAGAUAUCCAUUUCAGAAUGGGAUAGGCCUGAGGAAACACUACCCAUAAUAAGUUUGUGUAUGCAAAUUAUCAAAUAAAUAGUUGACAAUCUGUCAGCAUUAUUUUUAAACAAAGUACUGUUUUAUUUCACUGCUGAGUAUACACAUUUAUUUUCACAUCUGAUCUAAGAAAACAUUUAAUAGAUCACAAAAAUAAUAAAUAGAGACUCAUAAAAAAAAACCUGCAUUAUAACUGUGUAGUAAAAAUAAAAGUGUGAAAUUUUAAAUUAUCUAUUUAUCACAAUUUCUUUUCAUAUAUUAAGGACACUUGGUAAUAUUUAAAGUGGGUUAAUUAAAGCUUGAGGCAUAGCCAACAUACACAUUUUGAGGCAUUUUAUAAAAUAAAGUUUAUUGUCAUAAAGACAUUUUUAUAUGUUUACCAAAAACCAGCAUUUGCAGCGCUGCUCGCAAAGUUAUAAUUUCAUGUAUACGUUUUUGUUUGUUGAAAAAUAAUAGAAUUUUUUUUAAACAACUGAAGCAUUAUUCUUUUCAAUGUUUAUUUUAAAUUAGUGAUAAAAGAACUAAAAACAAAUUUUUUAUUUUCAAUAUAUUUUCAAAUGGCCAAUCAUACUCAAGAUAUUAAUUAAUACUUGUGUUAUUUAUUUAUAUGGUAAACUGGAUAUGCUGGCAUUAAUUUUUGUUUGUUUGUCUAUUCAAAAAGCACACUUGUUUCAUAUAUUCCCACAUUUUUAAAAUAUCGCCUGUUUUGAACUGUGGUGUUUUUAAAUAAAAAUAGUUUUUGCUCAUUUUGCUGAAUAGUUUUGGAUAGAAACACAAUCUGUCUCCAUUGAAUAAAAUAAUUUUUAAAAAACAACCUGUUUGUUAACUUGAGAUAAUUAAUGAAUUAAAUAAGUUUUCACUUUCUUUUGGGAUUUCAAAAUGUUUUUUGAAAUGAUUUUUAUAUUGGCAAGUAGCACUGUCCAAUAUGUCGUUUUAAUUUAAGAAGUUUAAAAUCUUCACCGUUAAAGCCAAUAUGACAUCUCAUAUGCCGUAAUACUCUGAAUGAUCUCUUUGGAUGGCUUCAUCGCAAGCGUUGUCUUCUCCAAAUAUAUUCUGAUUGUCAGUGUUUUAAAUAAAACCAAAUAGAUCCACUUGUUCCUUAUGUAAAAGCAAUUUUAAAGGAUAUUACUAAGAAGUUUAAGAAAGAUUGAUAGUUAGUAAAGAAAUGCCUGCUUAUAAUAAUUCACUUCAUUUGAAAUUAGUUCUAUAUUAUAAAAUCCACUACUGUUGCAAUACUGUUUUUGUUUUUUGUUUUUUGAUUUAAUUUUGUUUUUUAAUUUAAUUUUGUUUUUAGGUAUUUAAAAUUUAUUCUUAUAUAACUAUACUCAGACUUGAAUAAAUUAAUGUUGUCAUGGUAACAUUCCAUUUGUCAGACACAUUUCUUUAACUAAGAUUUACACACACAUAAUCUUUACUUUUAUUGGUAGACAGUAGUUAUUUUUUUUUUUUUACUGCUGUUUGAGAUUGUAACUGGGCAUUGAAAUAACUAUGGAUGUCUAUACAAUACAAUAUUUGUUCUUUAUUUUAUUUGACCAUCAGUAAAUGAGCUUGUGGUAAAAUUGAUGUUUAUCAAUCAACUAUUAAAUGGAUCAUACAUCAGAUUAAAUUGAUGUUUAUCAAUAAACUACUCAAUAGAUCAUACAUAGGAUAAAAUUGAUGUUUAUCAAUAAACUAUUAAGUAACAUGUUUUUGAUCAACUCAGUGGUUCAUUGAAUAAAAUUAAUAUGUUUUCAAUCUACUGUUCAGUGGUAAUGGGGUUAAAAUGUUCUGAUUUGUAUGGUUUAUCACAAUAAAUUUCUAUUUUUCAUUCAGCUACUAAUCAGAAUUUUAACUAGCUGUGAACUAAUGCCAUCCUAAAUGAUAGGCGUCUGUUCUUUCCGUAGUUCUGUGGAAAUAUAAAACCUUUUGUUAUUCUGUUCAGAUUUUAAAAAAAAUCACCUUGUUAUUUCAAAACAGUUCAGAUAACUUAAGAUCACAUAUUAAUUAAAUAAAAAUAUGUUUGUCAAUUUUUGCCACAUAUUGUCAUGUUCAAAGCAAUUAUUUGUUUUUUUUUGCACCUCUUUUAUUUUGCUCUUUAAAUUAUUGAACCUCUCCCCACCCUAAUUUGUUUUUAAAAAUGUUUUUAUCUCUGUAUAUUAUGUUUAAUAGCAUUAUAAUUGACCAUUUAGAUAAAACAAUCUAAGAAUUAUUCUGACAAGUAUUAUUUACAUUAGUUGCUACCUUUGAACCCAAAGAUUGUCUUGUAUGUAUCCAGUGUUCCUAUUGUUAAAGUUUGCUAAAUACAGACAACUCAAUGAACUGCUUUCUUCCUUUUUAAAUCUUUAGCCAGCAUUGUUGUUGUUUUUUUUUUUUUAAAAACAAAAUCUCUCAUUUCUCAAAAUUUAUUUUAAAUCUUGGACUUCUUGACAUGGUUACAGAGAUUGAUAAAAUUUGUUUUUUUUU